AUGUGCCCCCAAGGACCGGACCAGGAAGAUGGCUUCGCCCAAUUCGAAGCCUCUGUGGAGAGGCAGAAGACACCCGGAGAUAGACAAGCCGACAAGAAGAAGGCGCUCGAAAGGGCGAAACGAGCGAUGAAGAAAGAGCUUCAGUACACCACAGACCCCUACCACAUAGCCGACAACGUGGUCAAGAAGUUAAAGGAGAACGACUUCGACAAGGCGCUAUUGUUGACCCGGGAGGCAAGCAAGGACAAGCAAUGUGUGGUCAGCUGGAACCAUUGUAUAGAGUACCAGUUCAAGAAUAACAAGCUGCACGCUGCUAUCAAGCUGUUCAAUGAAGUCGGCUGCGCCGAGUCCCAGCAUCCCAAGCUUGCCGUGGGCGAGGCCCUCAAGAUUUACAACACCAUGCUCUCAAGCAGCCGGCUGAAGCCCAACAUCACUCACCUCAACGCGGUCCUCGACGUCUGCUCUCGAGCUCAGGACCUCGAGUCCAUGUUCGUCACGCUGCGCUCGGCCGACAAGGCCCGCGCCCCAAACAAUUGGACCUACACCAUCAUACUAAAUGCUCUUCGCCAUCAACCUUCCAAUUACAAGGAUCUACCGGACGGGUCCGGGGCGGAUGGUGAAGCUGUGAAGAAGAGCAUAGAAACGACCAUCCAGCGAGGAAAGUUGGUGUGGGAUGAGGUCAUGAGCCGGUGGAAGAAGAACGAGAUCAUCAUGGACGAGGAGCUGAUGUGCGCGAUGGGUCGGCUGUUGCUCCUCGGCGGCGCAAAGGAGACCGAGUCCAUUCUCGCCUUGCUUUUGAACGUCCUUGGUGUACCGAGGCUCGACCAGGAGCAGCUCUCUGCCCCAGGGCAGAAACCUGGCAGCGAUCAGAACGACGAGCCACAACCGACCCCAGAACCGAAACCGCCGCAACAGCAAGAGCAACAGCGGCAAUUGCAAGGGCCCUCAAAUCCGAUGGCGGGCAAGAACACGCUAUCGCUCGUGAUGAAAGUCUUGGGUCUGAGCAGGAGGACAAAGCUGGCCGCAAGGUACUGGGACUACUUGACGAGCACGUUCGGCAUCGUCCCAGACAAGUGGAACUACAAACACUACCUCGACUCCCUAUCCACCGGGGCCGCGAGCGGUAAAGCAGCCCGGACAAUCGAGAGCAUGCCCGCGGAGAUGGUCGAAGGCCUCGUUGUGAGGCGGGGCUUGCUGAUAUGCCACUUUGACGCCUACAACGAGAAGGCGUUUGAGAACGCAACUGUCAUCUUCGACGCCAUGAUGCAGAAGAUGAGGACGCCCGACGCCGAGUGCAUGAAGCUCUAUCUGCAGGUCGCGACGAGCAACUACCGCAAGUUCGACGACAGAUCCAAAUACCCGGUCGAAUCCAGGGCCAAGCUGGCCUUCGGCCGACAGAUCUUCAACGCCAUCGACCGCGUGUGGGAGCCACUGAGGCUGGCGACGAAUGCCCUAGGCUUCUCAGACACCGCUGUAGCCUCCAAGUCGCCUGAGGAGACCUGGAAGCGUGACUAUUCCGGACGAAAGUCACUCCUUGACGUUGCCAAGAGGGUCGUUGCCGUCAGCGAUAAAAUGAUUUCUCAAAGCCUAGUGCAGCGGGGCUCGGAUGACGCCAGAGUCAUUCUGAUCCGGCGGAAGAUCAUGAACGACUAUGUUCACCGGACCCUAGAGAAGAACACUCAGCUAGGGCUAGGCUUUAAGAAAAGCCGUGGAGAUGGAGACGAUGGUGAAUUCGCGCCUGCCGGUUGA